GUAAGCUGCCUUUGGCCAUGUUCUCAUUCCUAGUCCAAUACACAGUAGCUGGGAGUUGGACGACACCUUCACUGCAAUUCAGAGGACGGUCAUGACAGCUCUUUUACAAGGCCAUGGUCUCUUAGGGCCAGUUUUAAUCUUCUUACUCGUAAUAUACUACUUUUUGCUGCGAGCUCCUAACAUUCGUCGAAACGGUGUCCCUUUGCGGAAGCCACCGAACACACUCCCUAUCGCUGGAAAUGGCCUUGUAUUCUUACAGGAUCGCAAGAAGCUCUUCUCAUGGUUCGUAGACUGUGAGAGGCAGUUCGGUCUCGAGACUUUCCAAAUCACCGUUCCCACUCUCCAUCCCGGCGUCGUCAUCAAUGACCCCAGUAACCUAGACUACGUCUUCAAGAACGAGGGCAUCUUCGCCAAGGGCGAUUUCGUCAAGCAGCGUUCUUGGGAUCUGUUUGGUAACGGGAUCAUCAACGCUGAUGGCGAUCUGUGGAAGGCUCAGAGGAAGGCAGGCUCUCAUUUCCUGAGCGCAUCGAAUCUUCGCGUUUUGACGGAUGUUGCUCUCCCUCGGUAUCUUAGUCGCACUAUAGAUCAUAUAGAGUCUUGUGUCAAGGACAGCAGGAUCGUUGACAUGCAGCUUGCUUUCCAUGAGAUUACUAGCUUACUCAUGGGUAAGAUGGCCUAUGAUAUGGAAAUGCAUGCUGAUGAUGAUUUUACCGUGGCGUUUGAGCACGCCUCUGGCGUUGUCACUGAACGCUUUCAAAAUCCAUUAUGGUUCAUCACCGAGAUAAUUACAGGCUCAAGGUUCAGGAAGUCGCUGGCGAUCGUGCGCAAGUUUGGGUUAGGCAUUGUCAACAACGCAAUGGAUGAUCAGCAAAAAUCCACAGAACCUUCAGCGCAGUUAGAUGAUGCGGAUGGGAGUAGACUUGAUACAGUAUCCGGAAGCUUAAUCCAUUCAUUACUGGCAGCUUUGGGCUCUCAGCAAACGCUGGUAGCGGAUGCCGCUCUCACAUAUCUAACUGCAGGAAGAGAUACAACUGCACAGGCUUUGACGUGGUGUCUAUAUCUGCUAAUGCAAAACAAAUCCGCUAUGAAGAAGAUUAGGGAUGAAGCACAAGAAUUGCUCAAGCUUAACAGCAUUGACAUUCAGCAACUUGGUAGCGAGAGCGAUACCUCGCCUGCUGUCUUUGCUCCUGCGUCUUUGUCCUAUACGAUGGCGGCCUUCUACGAGGCGCUUAGACUAUUUCCUCCUAUUCCAUUCGAGAUUAGAGAGUGUGAAAAAGCUACCACGUUACCCGAUGGGACCUUCCUCCCAGAAAAGUCGGUGAUAGUCUGGAGCUUGUGGGCGAUCAAUCGGUCUAAAAGAACAUGGGGCGAAGAUGCCGACGAAUUCAGACCCGAGCGCUGGAUUGCCAAAGAUGGGAAACUCAUCAACAAGAGUGCAUCUGAAUUUCCUGUAUUUUUAAUGGGCUGACUAUUUUUAUGGAAAGAUGGCGGACCGAGAACCUGUCUCGGUAAGCGAAUGGCUGAAAUCAUCGCUACCCAAGUCAUUGCGACCAUGCUCUUAAUGUUCGAAUUUACAGCGGCAUACGAGGGUAAACGAGUCAGCAAGACUAGCCUGACUCUUCCUAUGAAAGAUGGACUUCCUUGCUACAUCAAGAAAA